AUGCAGACCUUCCAGACCAUAGAGACCCAGUUUCCCUUGUUGCGUGAGAUCUUCCACCCUUCUCCUUUCAGCCACCAAGAGAGAGACCGGAGAAAAAGCAGUCUCACAGGACUUAUCAGAAAGCAAAAAGAACUCCAAAGAGUGUCUGAUUCUAAGCUCCAGUCACGUAGGGAUUUACUGGGUCACCCUAAGCAUCCGCGGUCCAGCCGGUCAUCCAGCAUCCCAGGAUGCGAAUCGCCCAAUCCUGCUCACGCCCGAGUGAGAGAAAGGAAUCAAAAAGGAGAGGGAGAAAAUUCAAAAGAGAGAAAUGAAGAUCCACCCCCCUUCAUGUCUUCCCUCGUUGCGUCACAGGUUACAUCAUCGCAACAGCUGCUCGCAACCACAAAGAGAAAGGGUGAGGGAUUACAGUGUGAGGGACAGAAAAAGCCAGAGAGUGUGAAGCAAAAAUGGCACAGAGAGACUAAGCAGGAGAGGCAGAAAAAGCAGCCAUGUCAACCAGAGAACAGUCAUGCACAGUAUGGCCUGAUCGCUAAAGGGGUUCGCUUGCUGAGGAACAUGGGUAACCAGGAAGCCAAGCAAAAGAAGGCAGGUACAUCCAGGACAGAGUCCACCACAGACAGUCAUGGAUUUGAUUACAAAGAAGCAGAGGGUUCCAGAAAGAUAAAGAAGUCUCAGGACAAAGUUGGGAAAUCAUCUGCUGAUUUGGCUGAGAAGAAAUCCAAAACUGAGAGCUCCAGGAGUUCGGUCUUCUCGAACAUAAACAUCCGGAAGGGAUUUCCCCGGAAGGCAGCAUCCAGGAAAGACAUGGGGUUUGAAGAAAAUAAUCGUGGAAGUAGUCUUGGUGAUGGUAGCAUUUUAAAGGAGGAUAUAGGAAGCAUUUUACCUGACAGUGAUCCGGAAAAGAGUGAGCACGUUCCACGAAGUGGACAGCCAUCUGUGGAUAUGGGUAUGGAAGAUGGGAUAAAGGACAGCAGCAAUUCUGGGUCUGAAACUGAUCUCUGUAGCUUUCAUUCAGCCUCUGAGAAUCAAGAUAUGUUGACGGAUAUCCAGAAGACCAUAGGCCUGCAGCAGUGGUGCAAAGGAGCAGGGGAACAAAAAUGUCCAGACGUAGGGACACCUGAGAUGAUCCAGGACCUGGAGAUUGGAGUAAAAAGUAAAGAUCAACCUCAGAUAGAUUUGACUUUGAUGGAAUCUUUGUCCUCCACUGCAGAUGCAGAUUCAGAAAAUAUACCAAGAAGUUUUCAGUGCUCCGGUGGCACCAAGAUUUUCCAUAACCAUGUAGUCACACAUGCUACCAAAACAGAAAGUGACUUUGACAUUCAAACUAGCGUGAUGACUAGUGCAAAACCAGAAACUAGCCAAAACAAUCAGACUAAUUUAAGCAAAGGAACCAGUAUCGCAAGCAUCCAGGACACGUUGACAACAAGCACGUCCUUUGAGAGCGCUGACGAGCAUCUGGAAGAAGAUUCAUCUUCCUCAUGCCCAAUUGAGGAGGAUCUCCAGGGAAACAUUACCUUGUCUCAGAGUUUGAAUAUUAGCAGUAGCUGUAAUGAGCAGCUUACUGGCCCAGGAACAACAGUCAGGCAGGUGACUUUCAUGUCUCAGAAGAGUGUCAGCACUGUGGAUCUCAUUAUGACAUCUGACGAGGAGCACAAUGUCUUCAUGGAUGGCACAAGGCACAGCAGUUCUACUCAGAAAAGGAGGAAAAGUACUGGUACUUCAAUUACGCCAUGGCUGUCAGAGAGCAUUGUGGAUCCAGGAUCACAACCUCACAGAACCUUGAGUCCUGGGGUCAAACCAUACCCUACCAUCCACCCAUCUUAUGUGAAGACCACUACUAGGCAGUUGUCUUCUCCUCCACAGUCACCUUAUGCCACUCCUGCUGAAAACCCUAUGCGUCUACGCAAACUUAGCCAAGACCUCAGCUUGAGUCAGGGGUCACUCGGUGUUGAGCGAUGGAAGACAAAGAGACAACGUUCCUGCAGCAUUGCCAGCCCAGCAGGUUUCUAUGGUAGUUGGUAUCAGGAUCUAGACAGGUUUCCUGAGCUUUUCCACAGAGAAUUUCACUCUUUCAGAAAUCAGCAACCAACAGCUAGAAGCACAUUUCAAGAUGUAUUCCUAGGUCGUACUCUUUUAGAAAGGUGCUCAGCUGCUGGUUCUAAUGGUGAUGGUGAAGAAGCCGAGAAGAUUUGUUCAUGGUUUCUGGCUACGGGAAUCCUCCAGCCCUUCAAUGACUGUCUCGGAAAACCAAUCCCAGGAAGCGAUGCGGUCUGCGAGCUCAGCUUUAACAAAGCACAGCUGUACACAUGGGCUCCACUCGGUCAUCCUGAGGCACGGGCACCAGGGCGAUUACAAGCCCUCUGGCCUCCAGCCUGUACUACAGCUCAGAACACCUCUUCUGUUCCAGAACGGAAUUCUGCAUCAAUUGGUGAGCUGGAGAGAACGAUCAAAGAGUUAAGAGAGAGGAUACUAUACCUAGAGCAACUUCAAAGACCUCUGAACAUCUCUGAGGAAAUAUUGACAGGAAAUGUGGUAGAUGGUGUUAAUCUUGGUCAUGCGUUUACAAAGAUCAAUGAACCGAUAUCUUCUUACAAGGCAAAAUCAGUUCAAACCUCUCCAAUUGAAGAAGAAUUCAAGUUUACAGUGCCUUUAUCUGACCAGUCAGGGUCUUGUGAUUUAAAUGAUAGCACCACCUCAUUAGCAGUACAGCUACAUAAAUGUCAAAGACCACACCCAAAGGUUACAACACAAACCCUUCCACCUUCUCCUCUGCCGCCCACAACUUUGGAACCAACUGAGUCAGUUGUACAACCUUCUCCACAUCCACAAUCUUUUUGCCCCCUGACAACUACUGUUCAACUUCUGGUGAAGGCCCCACCCCCUUCUAGACUUCCAAUAUCUUCUUCAAGCAUUGGAUCCCUUUUACCACUAGUUUCUUCAAGCUUUGGACCACGACCACCUCCUCUUCCACAUUUUGGACCUACACCGCCUCCACCGCCACUACCUGCUGAUCCUCCUGGGGUUGGACCUCCACCUCCACCACCUCUUCCACAUUUUGGAUGUCCACCUCUACCACCUCUUUCAGGUAUUGGCCCUCCACCACCUCUUUCAGGUAUUGAACCUCCACCACUUUUUCCUGGGGUUGGACCUCCACCUCCACCGCCUCUUCCUGGGUUUGCACCUCCACCUCCACCGCCUCUUCCUGGGUUUGCACCUCCACCUCCACCGCCUCUAUCUGGGGUUGUACCUCCACCUCCACCGCCUCUUCCUGGGGUUGCACCUCCACCUCCACCACCUCUUCCUGGGGUUGCACCUCCACCUCUACCGCCUCUUCCUGGGAUUGGACCUCCACCUCCACCACAUCCCGCUGGUGUUGGACCUGUUCCCCCAUCCUUUCCCUGGUUGAUGUCAAUGGGUUCCUCUCAGGAAUCUGUUCCCUUAAGGGCAAUCAUAGAGCCUCCACGACCCAUGAAGCCUUUAUACUGGACCAGAAUACAGCUGCAUGCCAAAAAAGAACCAAACACACACCUGGUGUGGGAAAAAAUUGAGGAGCCACAUGUUGACUUUGAAGAGUUUGUUGAGCUUUUCGCUAAAACUGCAGUGAAAGAAAAGAAAAAGCCAAUUUCUGAUACUAUCUCCAAAUCCAAGACUAAACAGGUGGUAAAGAUUUUGAGUAAUAAACGUUCCCAGGCUGUAGGAAUCCUGAUGUCCAGUCUGCAUUUGGACAUGAAGGACAUUCAGCAUGCUAUCUUGAACAUGGACAACACCAUAGUGGACCUGGAGACCCUUCAGGCGCUCUAUGAAAACAGAGCGCAGAGAGAGGAAAUGGAACGGAUCGAGAAACACAUCAAAUCCAGCACUGGAAAGGAGAACACCAAACCACUAGACAAGCCUGAACAGUUUCUGCUGCAGCUGUCGGAGGUUCCUCAGUUCUCAGAACGGGUUUUCUGCAUCCUGGUUCAGUCCACGUUCACCGAGAGCAUCAGUUGUGUACAGAGGAAGAUCAGCCUCCUGCAGAGAGUGUGCACGGCUCUGAGACAGAGUAAAAGUGUGCUGCAGGUUCUCGCUCUGGUUCUCACAUUCGGGAACUUCAUGAACGGAGGGAACAGGAGUCGGGGACAAGCGGAUGGCUUCACCCUCGACGUCCUGCCCAAGCUCAAAGACGUUAAGAGCAGCGAUAACUCCCGGAGUCUCCUCUCCUUCAUCGUCGCUUACUAUCUACGACACUUUGAUGAGGACGCAGGCCAAGACACGUGCGUGUACCCUUUGCCUGAGCCACAGGACCUUCUCCAAGCAUCACAGAUGAAGUUUGACGACUUCCGGCGUGAUUUGUGCAAAUUCCGCAAAGAUGUAAAUGCUUGCUCAUCUGAGAUGGAGAAAGUGUGUGGUAUGUCUACAGACAAACAUCUACAGCCCUUUAAGGACAAAAUGGAGGGGUUUCUUUCUCAGGCCAGGACAGAUUUGGAGGCUCAGGAAAAACAACUCACUGAAACCCAGAAAAGCUUUCUGGAGCUCUGUGUAUUUUUCUCGGUUAAACCUAAAGGAGAGGAAAAGGAGGUGUCCCCGAACACGUUCUUCUCUGUGUGGUACGAGUUCUCCUCUGACUUUAAAGACCUGUGGAAAAGAGACAACAAACUUCUGCUGAAGGAACGGUUGAAAUCAGCCGAAGAGACGAUCAGGCAGACGCGAGAGAAAGCAACCUACAGCGUCAAACCCAAACACGCCUCUGGAAUGAAAGCCAAACUGGGGCAGAAGAUCUGAAGCUUUGCGGUGCUGUUUAACAUUUUCUGUUCUCUCACACUACCGAUUAAAUGCAUGCUGAGCGAGAUCAUUAGCCGUUGAUUUGAAUCAGAACUCGAACCAAACUGAAAUGAGAAACACUGACCUGUAAAGCGACUGACAAUCAGCGUGUGUGUCCUUUUUAUCAACUGAAAAAGUAACAAACUACAGUAUAGGGCGGGCCAGAGGGUAGAAUCCAUAGAUCCACCGCAUGAUUUACAGCAAAUGCAUCACAUUGACGUGACUGACUUCAGAGCAUGCACUGUAGGUAUAGAAGAACAUUAAAUGGUAAUGAAUUUAUCAGAAUUUAUGUUGUUGCAUGUGGAGAUGAUGUUCCUUCUUUAGUGCAGCGAUUGUUCUAAUAGACUACUGAUCACUGAUGAGCCUAACGAAAAAA